AUGAGGAGCAGCAAAUCAAAAGAGGUGCCUUUACCAAAUCCAAGGAACUCUCAAAGCACGGAUACUAUUCAAGCAGAUAUAACCGCACCAUGGGAUGCACUUUCUCAGACCAAGGCUGCUCUGAGACACAUUGAAAACAAAUUGGAAGUAGCCCCUACGAGUACAGCUGUGUUUGAUUCUGUCAUGGAUACCAAGAAAUCUGCAAGUGCUACCAGAAAAAUUAGUAGAAAAGAUGGUAGAUACCUGGAUGAUUCUUGGGUAAAUGCUCCAGCCUCCAAAUUUUCUAAAUCACAAAAAGAAAAAUCUCGUAGUCCUCUCAGAGCUACCACCCUGGAGAGUAAUGUAAAAAAAAUUAAUCGUGUGGAGUUUCGUGACCCUUUGGUUUCUUACAGGGAAGUCCAUGGCACACCGUCCAGUACAAGUCCCAGCCAUUUAGAGUCAAAGCAUGUAUAUUGUGUGGAUGUUAAUGAAGAGAAGCCUGAGAGUGGGAAGCGGUUGAUGUGCAGUCGAGAAGAUCGGAAUAUACUUUGCUGUGAUUUUGAGAGCUCCCGAUCAUCUGCCGUCGAUGAUACAGUUGUUAGGUUUCUAAACGAUCGACCAACAAUUGAUGCAUUGCAAAAUUCUGAAUGUUUGAUUAAGGUGGCAGCUGCAGUGAGAAGUGAUGAAGAAAAACCUAAUAGAACAAAAGGAAAUGAGAACACUUUGAAGUCCUCUGUGUGUAACAUGGGCCAUAACAUUGAUUCAAAAGUGUUAUGGUUAACUGACUCUUCUCCGUCUUCUACUAGUACUUGUAAUUCCCAAAGAUUAGAUAUCCUAAAACGACGACAACAUGAUGUCAAAUUGGAAAAACUCAAGGAGCGGAUUAGGAAACAGUGGGAACACUCAGAAGAAACAAAUGGCCAGGGCCAGAAUCUGGGUCAUAUUGACCAUCCAGUAAUGGUUGUUAAUGUUGAUGGCUCAGUGACAGCAAAAGUCAGGAAAGUGGCAACAGCACCACCUGCUCCAACAUAUAAAGGCUUCAAUCCUUCAGAGACCAAGAUUCGAACACCUGAUGGGAAAGUGUGGCAGGAGGCUGAUUUUCAAAACAUGAGUAGAGAACUGUAUCGUGACUUAGCACUUCACUUUGCAGAUGAUAGCUCUAUGAAAGAAAAACCAGCUGAAAAAAGUAAAGAGAAAAAAAUGGUCAAGCCAGUACGAAAAGUCCAAAAGGUAGCACAGUUAUCAAGUUCAGAAUGCAGAACAGGUUGCAGUCAUCUGAUUAGUACAUCUUCUUGGCGAGAUGGACAAAAAUUAGUAAAGAAAAUUCUUGGUCCUGCACCUAGAAUAGAGCAAAAAGAGCGAAGAGCAGCAUCAAGUGACAGAAGUGGAAGAGAAAGAACUACUAAAUCUGGGGGCCAUAUUGGAAGAGCAGAGUCAGAUCCUAGAUUGGAUGUUUCACAUAGACAUCGCCCACGAAACUCAGAACGUUCAAGAAGUAGAGCUCGGUCAGAAAAUAAUGUAAAGAAAUUAGCUCCAUCUCUUUCAGAUAAUAAGCAGGAAGAAAAUGCUGCCUUAAAUAAGGACUUUUUACCUGUUGAAAUUCGUGGAAUUCUUGAUGACCUCCAGUUGGAUUCAGCAGCUCAGACUGCAAGACAAGAGACAGGAGAGUUACAGAAUCAGAAGUCAUCAGCAUCCAUACAAGCUCCUAGAAGUCAUAGCCCAAUAAAAAGAAAACCUGACAAAAUAACAGCUAAUGAAGAUCCCCCUGUUAUUUCUAAAAAGCGUCACUAUGAUACAGAUGAGGUACGUCAGUACAUUGUUAGACAGCAGGAAGAAAGGAAGAGGAAACAAAAUGAGGAGAAGAAGGCCCAAAAGGAGGCCACUGAGCAGAAGAAUAAACGAUUACAGGAGCUCUACCGGAAACAGAAAGAAGCCUUUACUAAAGUGAAAAAUGUGCCUCCUUCUGAGCCAUCAGCAACUAGGCGACUGCAAGAAACUUACUCCAAAUUACUUCUAGAAAAGUCAUUGCUUGAAGAGCCAACUCAUCAGCAUAUUAUGCAGGAAACACAGACCAGACCAGGGUAUCAGCCAUCUGGAGAAUCUGACAAAGAGAACAAAGUGCAAGAACGUCCCCCAAGUGCAUCUUCCAGUAGUGACAUGUCUCUGUCAGAACCUCCACAGCCUCUUGCCAGAAAGGACUUGAUGGAUCCUUCAUGGAUGCAACCUGACAGGCUAAGUCCACGAGUCCAACAUCCUCAACCACAGCCUCUUGUUGGGACAGCUGGAAAUUUACUUUCCCAUCUCUUGAAUCUAGAGCAUGUAGGAAUUUUGCAUAAGGAUUUGGAAUCCAUUUUACCAACGAGGAAGAAUCACAGUAUGGCUUCGGGGCCAUUAACUUUUACACCUCAACCAUAUCUGACCUCACCAACUGCUCAUCCAGAUGCCUUGUUAAAAUCUAGUGCUAGCCAAUAUAAGAGUAAACUGGAUCGUAUUGAAGCCUUGAAGGCAACAGCUGCUUCUUUGUCCAGCAGGAUUGAAAGUGAAGCCAGAAAAUUAGCUGGGGCUAACAUUAACUAUGGGUCAGUAUGGAACACUGAGUAUGAUGUGCAGCGAACACCACAAGAAGAUGGACAUUGGACCAAGGCUAUAAGUCCACCUGUGAAAGAGGAUGCAGAAGAUGUUUUCUCUGCUCGAAUUCAAAAGAUGCUGGGAACCUGUGUAUCUCAUGCAACUUUUGAUGAUGAUCUUCCUGGUGUCGGCAACCUCAGUGAAUUUAAAAAGCUUCCUGAGAUGAUAAGACCUCAUAGUGCCAUAUCAAACCUCAGAAUGAGAUCUCCUGGACCCAAACCAGAAGGGCUGCUGGCACAGUUGUGUAAGAAGCAGACUGACUCUUCUGGCUCUGAUAUGCAAGUUUGUUCUCAAGACAAAGCUAAGAUAUCUCUUGGUUCCAGCAUAGAUUCCGUCAGUGAAGGACCUCUUAGUGAGGGGAGUCUCUCUGAAGAAGAAGGACGUCGAGAUGAACAGUCCCCUUUGAAGUUAACAGAGAUCUUGAAAGAAAAGGAAUUUUGUGUUGGAGAAAGAAAUGCUUAUGAACCCAUCAAAGAGUUUCAGAAGGAAGCUGAAAAAUUCUUACCACUCUGUGGGCCUAUAGGUGGUACACAGAGCAAAGGACCAUGGGAAGAAUUGGCAAAGGGAAGUCCACAUAGUGUCAUUAAUAUUUUUACAAAAUCAUAUAAGUUAUAUGGAAAAGAAUUUGAAGACAGGUUGGAAAGAGGAACAUCAGCAUCACGGCCUUUGAAUGCCAUCACAACCCCUCUAAGCAGCGUUUCCUAUGAAGAUGAUUUUGUUUCUUCUGCAGGGAGUGGGACUUUGACAGAAAAAAAGUCAGCUCUUGAACCCAAUAUUGGUAGUCACAGUUUAGGCAUUCAGGAGGAUCAUUCUAGCAGAAAGUCUGCCUAUGAGCUCUCCUCUGUGGAUGUCACCUCCCAGCACUCAUCUGGGGCCCAGUCUGCUGCAUCGUCUCAUUCAUCUUCUUCUUCUAAAGGGAAGAAAGGAAAAAAAGAAAAGAUGGAAUGGCUAGAUUCACUCACUGGAAAUAUUCAGAACUCACUUGUUGAUGAAGAAAAAGUACACUCUGGUUCAGAACGUGGCUCUCAUCAAGGAAAGAAAUCUGGGACCAGUAGCAAACUUUCUGUGAAAGAUUAUGAGCAGGCCCUUGAUACAGAUAGCACUUUGGAAGAACUUUCUGGGCAUUCUUUGAGUGUCUCAUCAGAUAAGGGAAGAUCUCAGAAAACUCCAACUUCUCCCAUAUCUCCAAGUUCUCAGAAACUGUUGCAGUUUGACCUUCCAGGAACUUCAUUAGAAAGAUCUAAAUCCUCAGUAGUAGUGACUCCAACAGGAUUUAAGCCAAAUGCAACUUUUGUUGAUGUGAACCUGGCUGCCAGCAGGACGACAACAGAGAUGGCCUCAACACCAGGUUCUAAGCGCUUUUCUCCUGCUGGCCUCCAGCAUCGGAUGGCAGCAGAACUCAGUUACUUGAGUGCCAUUGAGGAGUCGGUGCGUCAGCUAUCAGAUGUAGAAAGGGUUAGAGGAGUUUCACUUGCGCAACAGGAGACCGUGUCUCUGGCUCAGAUCAUAAAGGCACAGCAACAACGCCAUGAAAGAGACUUGGCCCUUUUGAAGCUGAAGGCUGAACAAGAAGCUCUGGAAUGUCAGAGACAAUUAGAAGAAACCCGAAGCAAAGCAGCUCAGGUCCAUGCGGAAUCAUUGCAGCAGGUGGUUAAGUCACAACGGGAUAUGACUGAAGUCCUGCAGGAAGCAACAUGUAAAAUAGCCACUCAGCAAACAGAGACUGCUCGCCUGACCACAAACGCAGCACGCCACAUCUGUGAGAUGGCGGAAUUGACUCGAACUCAUAUCUCAGAUGCCAUCACUGCUUCAGGAGCUCCCCUAGCAGCGCUGUAUGAUCACCAGCGGCAGCACGCUCCAGACUUUGUGAAACAACUAAGGACAAGAGCUGAAACAGAUAGGAAAAGUCAAUCUGGUUCACUUUCUCAGAGUAAAGAAGGCACCCUUGACUCUAAACAUCAGAAAUUUUCCCCUUCAUAUGAUAGUUAUUCUGAGUCUUCAAGAUACAAGAAUCGUGAUAGAAGGAGUAGUAGUGGUAGUAGCCGUCAAGAAAGUCCUUCAGUUCCAUCUUCUAAGGAGAAUGAGAAGAAACUUCAUGGUGAAAAGAUGGAGAGUUCUAUUGAAGAACAGGUUCAGACCGCUGCUGAUGAUUCUUUCCGAAGUGAUAGUGUACCAUCUCUUCCUGAUGAAAAAGAUUCAACUUCUGUUGCAACAGAAUAUUCCCUGAAAUUUGAUGAAUCCAUGACAGAAGAUGAAAUAGAAGAAAAAUCAUUUCGCUCUUUACUCCCUUCUGAGAGUCAUCGCAGAUUUAACAUGGAAAAGAAAAGAGGCCAUCAUGAAGACUCUGAUGAAGAAACUUCCCCAGAAAAGACUACACUGUCCUCUGCCAAGGAGCUGAGCAUGCCAUUCUCAGGAGGACAAGACAGCUUUUCUAAAUUUACUAUGGAGAUGGUUCGACAAUAUAUGAAAGAAGAGGAAAUGAGGGCAGCUCACCAGUCUUCACUCCUGCGUCUCCGUGAAAAGGCCUUGAAGGAGAAAACUAAAGCUGAACUAGCCUGGUUAGAGCAUCAGAAAAAACAUCUACGAGAUAAAGGUGAAGAUGAUAAAAUGCCCCCACUCCGGAAGAAACAGCGUGGUUUGCUCUUAAGGUUGCAGCAAGAAAAGGCAGAAAUUAAACGUCUUCAAGAAGCCAAUAAGGCAGCUCGGAAGGAAAGACAACUGAUUCUUAAACAGCAGGAGGAGAUAGAAAGGAUCCGACAGACCACCAUAAAACUGCAGGAGAAGUUGAAGUCUGCAGGGGAGAAUAAAUUGGAAUCUCAUAGCGAUGAUGACACAAAGGAUAAUAAAGCAGCCAGUCCUGCCCCAACUGACUUGGAGACCCGCAGUCCUUCCCCUAUUUCAAUCUCCAGCAGUGAAACAAGCAGCAUUAUGCAGAAACUGAAGAAAAUGAGAAGCCGCAUGGAUGAAAAGUUUCUGACAAAGCGAGAGCAAAAGCUAAUGCAGCGACGACAGCAUGCAGAAGAGCUAUUAGAGUGGAAGCGACGUUUAGAUGCAGAGGAGGCAGAAAUUCGUCAAAUGGAAAAACAAGCUUUGGCUGCCUGGGACAAAGAAUUGAUAAAACCUAAAACUCCUAAGAAAGAGCUGGAGGACCAGAGAGCCGAACAGAAAGAAAUAGUGAGUGAAACAGAAUCUCCAGUACCUUCCUAUUCUCAUCUACACAGUGAAAGCUCUAUUCCAGAAGAAUUGGGCAGCCCUGCUAUUGAGUAUAUACCUUCUGAAUCCAUAGUUCAGGAGCAUCCUGGGAGUCCAGAUCAUAGUAUACUUACUGAAGACAUGGUUUUUUCACAAGAACUGGAAUCUUCUAACUCGCCUAGUAAACAUUCACCUCCCAAGAGCUGUACGUCUGUGUCAAAGCAAGAGUCAAGCAAAGGAAGUCAUAGGGCUGGAGGACAAGGUCGUCUGCCCACCAAGUCCCAUCAGCACUGUUGCAGUUGGUCAGAUGAGUCAUUAUCUAUGACACAGUCAGAAACUACAUCUGACCAGAGUGACAUUGAAGGUAGAAUCAGAGCCCUGAAGGAUGAGCUGCGGAAAAGAAAAUCAGUUGUGGACCAACUCAAGAAGGAACAGAAAAAAAGGCAAAAGGAAAGACUCAAAGCCCAAGAAGCCAGUCUGAUCAAACAAUUGGAGUCAUAUGAUGAAUUCAUUAAGAAGACUGAAGCUGAGCUUAGCCGAGAUUUGGAAACCUCACCAACAGCCAAGCCUCAGAUUAAAACGCUCUCCUCAACUUCUGAAAAACCCAAGAUUAAGUCCCUUCCACUGCACAGAUCUGAAACAGCAAAGAAUUGGAAAUCACUGACAGACUCAGAACGAUCCAGAGGAUCCUUGGAGUCUAUUGCUGAGCAUGUUGAUGCUGCAUUGACAGGUUCUGAAAGAUCGGUAUCGGAAAAAUCUUCAUCUGUCUACGCGAAGAGAAUGACUGAAUUGGACGGUCGGACAGAAGAGCACUUUCAGACUUCUCCAAUUCUCAGAUCAUCAAGGAGGACAAGAGCAGAAUCUGGCGAUUCUCUAGAAAAUGUCCCAUCAUCAUCUCUUCUCAAAGAAUUAAAUGCCUCUCAUAGAAUUCUGGAUGUGUCAGGUGCCAAGGCUGAAGAAGAGUCUAGUCAAAAAUCAGAAAUACAAGAAGUAGAAUAUGCAAAAUUGGAGGAGAGUGUAAUUGAAGAUGCCUAUUCUAAACAGUCUAGGAAGGCUGAUGUCUUCCUGAAGCUAGACCUGGAACAGGGAGAUUCAUCUGAAAUUCUUUCCAGAAAAGAUCUUCCUUUAGAUUCUAUAAAUGUUCAGAAAGACUUAGUUAGAUUAGCCAUUGAAAAUCUUCAUAAAAAAGAAACAAAAGAGAGACAGUCAGACGAAGAUAUCAGUCAUAGUCCAAACAUCCAAUCAGAAAAAGAGACUCAUGUACAAAAGAAUAUAAAGAGCAGAGACUCAUCUUGGUCACAGCGUCUACUUGCAUCUAAAGAGAUAUCGUACUUUGAAGAUUUUGAAGUAUCGUCUUUCAAGAAAGACAUUUCAGCUGAAUUGUACAAAGAUAACUUUGAGGUGACGUCUUUGUUGUCUCUCAGGAAAGACUCUCAGUCUUGCAGAGAGAAGUUACAGGCAACAAGCAUCUCUAGAAGUAGAGCCACUAGCUUUGGUAGUGAUGAUGAAAUCAGCGAAUGCCUCAGUGAGAAAAGCCUUUCUAUUCAUAGCAGUGUCCACUCUGAAAGGCUGUUAGAACUCAAGUCCCCCACUGAGCUUAUGAAAAAUAAGGAGCGCAGUGAUGUAGAGCAUGAACGGGGAGUUACUGAAUCCCCUUCCUUGGCUUCAGCUUCUCUUGCAGAUGAAUUACUUGAUUUCCACAUUGGCGAUAGGGUAUUGAUUGGCAAUGUUCAGCCAGGAACUCUUCGGUUCAAAGGUGUGACUAGUUUUGCCAAAGGGUUUUGGGCUGGAGUGGAGUUGGAUAAACCUGAAGGAAAUAACAAUGGAACGUAUGAUGGCAUUGCAUACUUUGUGUGCAAAGAGAAGCAUGGGAUUUUUGCUCCUCCUCAAAAAAUAUCUCACAUUCCAGAAAACUUUGAUGACUAUGUAGACAUAAAUGAAGAUGAAGACUCUUAUUCAGAUGAGCAAUAUCAAUAUUAUAAUCAAGAACAAAAAGAUACAGAGGGUCCCAAGUCUGACAGAGAAAAGGAUACAAUUGAAUAUUUUUAUGAGAAAUCUCUACCUAGUAUGCAUGACACAGAAGCCUCCGUUGAUAGAAGCCUUAAAAUAGAGACAGACAAUAUACAGGACAUUUCUGGGGUACUCGAAGCCCAUAUUCACCAGCAGAAUUCAGUGGACUCACUGAUGUCUUCAAAGGAAAACAAAGACCUUGUUUCUGAUGCCACAGAAAAGGUUUCUUCUGUUGUAGAAGACGAUACUUUAGAUAAUACCUUUUCUGAAGAAUUAAAGAAGCAACAACAGUUAACUGAAAAGGAAGAGAACUUAUAUCCCGAAGUUUCAGAAAAGCUUUCUACCCCUCUUCUGGACCUGUUAGCAAGAGAGAAAAACCAAUUGGAAGCCCAGCUGAGGUCAUCUGUAAGUGAGGGAAAAAAGUCAAAGGAACAGCUAGAAACAGUCAGCUUACUGACAGACAGUUUGCUCCAAGUCUUUGUGAAGGACACAGUCAAUCAACUACAACAAAUCAAAAAAGCUCGGAAUGAAAAAAUCCAGCUUAGCAAUCAGGAGCUUCUUGGUGAAGAUCAAAAGAAAGUACCACCCCAAGGCCUAUCCCAAAAUCUUGAGGAACAGUCACCAAGCGUUCCGGGUUGCUUCUUAAGGUCUGAAUUGGAAGAUGAGAAAGAAGAGAUUUCCUCACCAGAUAUGUGUCCUAGACCUGAAAGUCCAGUAUUUGGUGCCAGUGGGCAGGAAGAGCUUGCUAAGAGACUUGCUGAACUUGAGAUCAGCCGGGAGUUCCUGAGCGUGUUAGGAGAUGAUCAAGACUGGUUUGAUGAAGACUUUGGUUUGAGCUCUUCUCACAGGAUCCAAAAAAACAAGGCAGAAGAAACAAUUGUACCUUUAAUGGCAGAACCUAAAAGAGCUCCAGAAAAGCCAUGUGAAACAUUACUGGCAGUCCCACAUACUGCAGAGGAAGUAGAAAUUCUUGUACAUGAUGCAGCAGAAGAACUUUGGAAAUGGAAAGAAUUAGGUCAUGAUCUUCACAGCAUCAGUAUUCCUGCAAAACUGCUUGGCUGUGCCAGUAAGGGUCUAGAUAUAGAAAGUACUAGUAAAAGGGUGUACAAGCAGGCGGUUUUUGAUUUAACAAAAGAGAUUUUUGAGGAAAUAUUUGCUGAGGAUCCCAACUUGAAUCAACCAGUCUGGAUGAAGCCAUGUAGAAUCAACUCCAGUUAUUUCCGACGAGUGAAAAAUCCAAAUAACCUUGAUGAAAUCAAGAACUUCAUAGCAACCGAAGUACUCAAGCUAUUCAGUCUUAAAAAGGAGCCAAACCACAAAACAGAUUGGCAGAAAAUGAUGAAAUUUGGAAGAAAGAAAAGAGACCGAGUGGAUCAUAUCCUGGUGCAGGAGCUUCACGAGGAAGAGGCCCAGUGGGUGAACUAUGAUGAGGAUGAGUUGUGCGUGAAGAUGCAGCUAGCUGAUGGGAUCUUUGAGACCUUGAUCAGAGAUACUAUUGAUGUUCUGAAUCAAAUCAGUGAAAAACAGGGGAGAAUGCUACUUGUGUGA